AUGUCAAACUGGAAUCAACUCUACGAUCUUGAGCCUUUGCUCCACACUCCACCUACAGGACCCAUCUCCAAACAGCACUCCUACAUCACCUGCAAGCCCUAUAAACGCUACGACUCAGACAUCUCCUCUGUCUGUAGCUCCGAGGGUGUAGAGGACUUCGACAGUCCUAUCUGGUGGGAUAUACUCGAUCACGAAGAAGAAGCCAUCGCGCGGUACAAGAAGUUCUUGCAAGAGCAACUGGUCAAGGGCCGGAGUUUGGAGAAGCAGACAGAACCAAAGGCUGCGAUGAUCAGGGUUGAAGUGUCAAACAAGGCUGUGCCGCAUACUCCGUCAGUGUCAUUGCCGGAGAGGUCUAAGGAGAAGAGUGAUCAUACACAUAUUGUUGAGAAGAUGCGAGACUCGCGGGAUCUUGCUGGACCAGUCGAGUUUUGUUUUUGGAGUUUGAACAGUCAGCCGUGUCAGUGUGGAAAAUGCUGA